AACCGUAAAGCAGAACCAACUGACGUAUGUCGCUUUGCGUUAACGUGAGCUUCAACUGAACGUUGUACCGUAACCAUUGGUUGAGAGAACAUUAAUUGCGCACAACAAAAAAUAGGAUAACAAUAGCGCACGCUAAUCAUAAACCAGCUUUGGUAUCCGUCAAAUUAAAACUAAACGAGUUGCUGCCCCCGGCGGACGCUAACAUCACCAGUUUGCAUAGCAACCGCCGUUGCUAACCACCGAGCGUUGCGUCCCAGCAACAAACCGGGGUUGAAAGACGUAAAAAAGCAAACGUGGAGACCCUCACCAUUGAUCGCGGAUUGUUUCUUUCCACGCUAGGACGGCUCUCAUCUCCGCCCUUGUGUUUUUAUGUUCGUGUCAACAGGUUGUCGCUCGCUCGCUCUCUUUUUUCAUGCUAAGCUCCCGUUUUUUGUUUUUUUUUUCGCGAUUCGUCCUCACUGCGCAGACUCGGGAUCUGCUCGCUACUUCCGGUAUUGGUUGGAGCUGACUGGCUCCAGUGUUGACAUCAGAACGUCUGUGGUCUGCACCCCUGUGAGGAAAGGAGGAGUACGAGGGAACCAGGAAUGGCUACAGAUGUGGGAGGAAGGGAAAAAACCCAAAGUCAGCUUGUGGAUAAUGAUUUGAACAGCACACCUCUCAAGAUGCUCACGAGCUGUGACACCCGGCUGGAGACCGGCGACAAGAAAAACAACCAAAGUCCCAAAAGUGAAGACGCCUCCCGCCGUACGUCCACGUUGCCCCGUGGCUGGAUCCGAGAGGUUAGGCGGCGGAAAACAGGCAAGACAGCUGGCAAAAUGGACAUCUACAUUACAAGCCCCCAGGGGCAGAAGUUCCGCUCCAGAACAUCUCUGCAUGCUUUCCUCCUGAAAGAUGGAGAAGGGAUCUUAGACAUAAACCUCUUUGAUUUCACCGCAUCCAAGGACGACGUCGCCGCUUCCCGGUUAGCCGCCUCCAAACGGGGACGGAGGACGAGAAAGAAAAGACACGCGGUCGGACAGCAGGAGGCAACGGAUUCCCCUCCGAAUAAAUCUAAGAGAGCCUCUUCCUGCCUCAGGAGUGCCGCUGAAGACGGAGAAGUGAAGAGUGGCACACCAGCUGCAUCUUCGACCACAGAGGACGACGUCGGACCGCAGGAGUCUCCUCACAGGGCGGGUCAGCUGAGGGGGAAGCUGCUCCGACCGCCUCCUCCCAGUAAAGAACAAAACACUCCCGCAGCGCACGAGGACGAGGAGGCCGACUCGAGGCCUCCUGUGCCAACGCUGAACGUGGAACCGGCCACUGAGAGCGAGGAUGAGGAUGAGGAGAGCGAAGGCGACUACGAGACUGAUUUUGAACUGGAGGCCGACUCGAGGCCUCCUGUGCCAACGCUGAACGUGGAGCUGGCCACUGACAGCGAGGGCGAGAAUGAGGAUGAGGAUGAGGAUGGGGGAGGCGGAGAGGAGAACAUAGGCGACUACUACGUUAGUUUUAAUCUGGAGGCCGACGGUCAUCGGGAUGAGGAAGCGGCGUUACCGGACCUCGCUGGUGGGAGCUGCACACCAGUCAGCGGUUCCCAGAAUAAGUCCAAGAGUGUGGAAGACAAACGGAAAACAAGCCCUUAUUUCAGCAGGAAACUCUGCAGAGAUGGCCCGAGCCCACCCAGGAGGAAGGCCUUCAGGAAGUGGACGCCCCCUCGCUCGCCCUACAACCUGGUACAGGAAACCCUUUUCCACGACCCCUGGAAGCUCCUGGUGGCCACCAUCUUUCUGAACAAGACCAGCGGCAAGAUGGCCAUACCGGUGCUGUGGCAGUUCUUCGAGCGGUACCCGUCCGCAGAGGUGACCCGCGAGGCCGACUGGAAGCCCGUGUCUGAACUCAUGAAGCCCCUCGGCCUGUACGAGCUCCGAGCCAAAACGCUCGUACGCUUCUCAGAUGAAUACCUCGCCAAAGAGUGGCGUUACCCCAUCGAGCUGCACGGGAUCGGGAAGUACGGCAACGACUCCUACAGGAUCUUCUGCGUGGGCGAGUGGAGAGAGGUGAAGCCCGAAGAUCACAUGUUAAACAAAUACCACGGCUGGCUGUGGGAGAACCACGAAAUGCUCGGAAUCUGAAACGCGACGCACGAGGAACCGCGAGGAAGACGUGCACAUCACGUAAAAUCACACGUUACUUUAGCAUCACGAUGAACCUGAAUGCCUUUAAAAAAAUAUAUAUAUAUACUAAUUAUGCAGCAAUAUUACUUCUUCCUUUUAAAACUGUUUUUAUGUGUACUGUGAAAUAAAAAUGGUUUUAAAGUGGUUAAAAAGUUGAAA